AUGCAAUCAUUACAACGAACAAUAUCUUCAAUGAAUUCAACUAAUUUUACCGAUCCAAAUUUUCUAUCAACUAGCUCAACAACUCCUUCUACACUUGAUGUUAUAUCAAAUGAAAUUAUUGAUUAUUUUGAUACUCAUCGUGAAAAAAUUCCAUUACUUAUUACUGUUUAUUUAUUAACAAUUAUUUGGAUACUUUAUCUUAUAUUAUACAAUUCACGUACUCAAGGCAUUAUAUUCUCAUACAUUUUAAGACGCUUUUACUUUAAAGAUGCAUCACAAAUUAAAUUCGAUUCAUUUUCAAUAUCAUUUAUAUCGGGUUCAAUUAUGUUUAGAAAUUUACAUUAUACAACUGGGAAUUAUGUUGUUUUUGUUAAAGAUGGUUGUUUAGUUUUUCGUUAUUGGUCAAAAGCAAAAGCAAAUGCAAAAGCCGUGAUACGUUUAAAAAUUCAACUUUAUCAUCUUGAUAUACAAUUCUUUAGUCCAAUUCGUUCAAAUACAGUUUCCGAAACAACUAGUUCAAAUGAUGAUUUACAUAGAGGAUCAGUAGCUGGAAUUUCAACAAAAACUGAAGAUAUACAAAGUAUUAAUGCAAUGAAAAAUAAUGAAGAAGGAGCAUUUAUUAAUAGACUUCGAAGUCUUUUUCCAGCUAUUGAAAUAAAAGUUGAACAUGGCAGAAUAUUUAUUGGACAUGAUACAAUACCAUAUGGUUUAUCAAUACGUUUUAAUACAAUGAAUAGUACAUUUACAAGUCAAUCACCAUCAAGAAAUUUACCGGAUAUUGACUUAAUGACACUGAUAUAUAGUUUAACAUAUAGAAAUCUUCGAAUACAAUUUUGUUCAAAUAAGAAUUAUAAAGGCAGUUGGAUAGAAGAGUAA